AGAGAGGUGGAGGAGCUCUUGAGGAAAGGAAAAGGAGCCAGUUUAGAGAGAGAGAGAGAGAGAGAUCCCCUCCUCUCCUCUCCUCUCCUCUCCUCGCAACCAAAUCUAAACCCUAGCGCGACCCGCGCCAUGUCCACCCACUUCGAUCUCAACUCCGCCGCCGACCCCCAAACCCUAGCGCCGCCCAAGCGUGGUCGUGGCCGCCCCAGGAAGAACCCGCCGCCUCCGCCCCCCGCGCCGGAUCCUCCUUGCGGCGCAGCAUGCCCCUUCGCCCGCGGCGACUUGGUUUGGGGCAAGAAGCUGGCCCACCCGGCCUGGCCCGGCGAGGUCAUCUCCGCCUCCCCCACCGGCGCCCAGCUCCUCGUCUCCUUCUUCGGUGACAAGGCUCUCGCCUGGUGCGACGCCGCCCAGCUCAGGCCCUACGAGCCCUACUUCCCCGUCGGGGAGCUCUACGAUGGCGAGGCUGACGACUUCGACGCCGCCCUCGACGCCUCACUCUUAGAGUUCUCCCGCCGCGUCGAGGACGCCCUCACCGCUCCCGCCCGCCCCUCCGUCGCCCGCCCCUUCGUCCCCCGGGAUUUCAUCGCCCUGCUGCACGAUUUGGCCGCCGACCGCAUGGGCUUCACCAACCGUCUGCAGGCUGCCGUUGCAAAGGCGCAUCUCAGAGCCUUCGACAAGUUCAGGGGCCUUCCCGACCCUCCCGAGUACACCCUCCAUCUCGGCCUACCCUUCGCCAUCGCCAUCGCCAACCACCCUGCCCUGCCCAAUAACUGCAACUCCUCCACCCCAUCCCGGAGGAGGGGGAGGAAGAGGAAGGAGGACGAAAUCCUCGACGACUCUGAUGAUGAGGAUUGGAACCCACGCAAGAAGGUGGCCACUGAUUCCGAUUCAGAAGUCGAUCUGGGCCGCAAGAGGGCCUCUAAGGGUGGCAGGGGCAGCGGCAGUGCUCUGCGCGGGAGGCCACGCGGGAGGCCUAGGAAAAACAAUGCUCGGGGGGCUGCACAGCUCAAGGAUGAUCUGAUCCAAGACAUAGUGGACUAUCCACCUGCUGCUGAGAUGUUUCUACAGCUUACAUCAGUUGCUGCCGAUCCCUUCAACUUCAAGGACUAUGACUCUGUGCCUGUCAUUCUUAGCUUCUUCUCAAAAUACAAGGACUCAGAAGCGCCGAGCGUAUAUGAUGACAAGGAGCUGCUGGAGACAUUGGGUGUCAAGAAAGGUAGAAAAAAUAUGGCCAGAAGCUUGUAUCCAUCUACAAAAGAAGAAGAUGACCUAGAUGCUCUGGACGGCCAGAGGGGCCGGAGGAAGUCGGCAGGGAGUCUGUACUCCGCAAGAAAAGCGGAAGACUCAUAUUGGUGUGAUAUUAUAAUCAGUGAUUUUGAUGAUGGAGACACGUCAAGUGACUAUGAGGGCCGUAAAAUGAAGCGGUUGUCUCAGAACAAAGGUGCCAAUAAGAAAAUGAAGCAAGAGGUUGCACCUCAAGAUGAAUCCUCUGCUGAUUCGCCUGCUGUGAAACAGGCAGAGGGACCGGCAGCUUUGAUCUUACAUUUUAGUAAUGCAGAAGCCAUCCCUUCUGUGGAUGACAUCAACAGUAUAUUUCGCAUACACGGGCCAAUUAUGGAGGGUGCGACUGAAAUCACCAAGAAAUCAAAGAUCGCAAGAGUAGUGUUUUCUAAGAGUGCUGAUGCCGAACGGGCAUAUAGCAGUUCGGGAAAGUAUAAUGCAUUUGGUCCAGCCCUUCUCAGGUAUGAUCUCAAAUACCUGCCACAAGCUCCUCAAGUUCCUUAGAUGGUGCAGGCUAGACCAGAUAUGUUGCCCUCGGAGGGAAACGCAUACUGAGGACUGGAGCUAAGGGAGCAUAAAAUGUUCACGCUACUGACUUAGAGCUAGGAAUACUCACUGACCAGGCCGCACUUGAGUUAGCUGGUCAAGUGAGCGAUUUUUAGGUUUUCUCUGGUUAUAAUGCAUUCGGAGGACUGGUUGUGUACUUGGGUUCAGAGGUAGUUUAUGUUAAAUUAUUAGAUGGUAGAUUAUCUCCGUGCGAUGCCUCUCCUUGUUAUUGUAGCAAUUUAUCCUCUUUUUUGUAUUGCCUAGAAAUCAUUGCACAGCUCUGGAUCUUUAUGGCAUGUUCUCUUAGCCUAUAUUUCCAUCAUCAGAUCUGCCUCGCUUUAUGUUCUAGCUUGUAGGGCGUGGUAUUAACAUGGUUUUAGUAGUUACUCCUAUAUCAUUUCAACAGUUAUAUAAUUUAUCAUUCCUUCUAGGCCGCCCAGUUAUUUGAACCUAGUUAAGCAGUCUCUCGUGACCACUAAACUAAAGCUGUGCUUGAGUGACAAGCCCCAUGUUUUUUCUGCUGUUUAGCCAUUGUCAAGAAUGCUACUUCAACAGCUGUUUCAGCGUUAUCAGGUGAAUAUGUUGUGAUGUUGAUAUGCUGUAAGAGUACGUGUGUUCAUUGCAGGCAGUUGUUCUAGUUUGA